UUUGAGGCUCAUGUUGCUUCCGUUGCCGUCGGCAUGAGUUGGCCAAAGAGUUUUGGCCAUAUAAAAGCCAUGCGACAUCAUGGCAUCCACAGCACACAUCUUUCGUUGAGCGCAGCCUAAACACUCAAAAUCAUGAAAUUCCUUAUCAUUGCCGUUGCCUUUUUGGCCUGCGCCUUCGCUGAUGUUUCGGAGCUUCCUGGCUACGAUUACCAGCAGCCCGCUCCUGCUCCGGUGGAGACCUACAUCCCGCCUGCACCUCCUGCACCUGCACCGGCUCCCAUUGAGACCUACAUUCCCCCCCGCUCCCCCGGCACCCGAGUACAUCCCCCCGCACCCGUCCAGCAGGAGGAGCCCGUCUUCGAGGAGAUCGAGCAGCCCGCCCAAGAUGGAUACCGCUAUAAGACCGUCCGCCGCCGCGUCUUCCGUCACCGCAACUAAAGUUGAGGCCUGUUGUUAUUGUUAAUUUGUUGACUCGAGUGUAAUUGCUGAAUACCAUCCUCUGAAAUUCACUUUGAGAGUAAAAAUGAAGAGAAAUUGUACCUGAAAACAUGUUGUCUUGUAUUUACUUUGGUGUAGAUCAAAGUUUAGUGAACAGGAAAUAUAUAACCCACCAAAA